CCGGGCGCCACUCGCGCGCGCACCGCCAACUCGGCCGCUUCGAAUACAAACGUUCGAACGUUAAACGUUCCAUUUUUGAAUUUUUUUUUCGUUCCAUCACAUUUUUUUAAAAGUGCCAGUGGAACAAACUGUUGGAUUUUGUGCCAGUGUUGUGUUCCUUGUUUCAAAUACAGGUAGUGAGGUGCGAUCUGUGACUGUGAACGUGUACAAAACUAAAUCGAUAACUUUAACGAAUAAUCGAUAUUUCGAAAUGUUUUCACGUUGUGAAAUCAAUUAAACGAGUGCCCAAUCGAACUGCAACCGAAACUUCUGUGACAUUGCUCCGCUACGCCGAGCUUUUUGAUAUCCUGUUCUUCCUUGAUGUCAGUCCGCUCCAAAACUAAUGGAUAGUCACAGCAGAUCCGCGUCGCCGCGGGAGCCCGCGCGGCCACAACACAGGCCCCCCUCCCCGCCCGCAUCCCCCGCCGGCUUCGACAACCGAGCCUACACGCACGAUGAAUCAGACCCCAACCACAACGACUCCUUUACAUCCAAUGUGCCACACCAGAACGGUCACACAAAAGAGCCCAAUGGAGACACCAAAACUCUAGAAGCUGUCAAUCUAGAGCUGAUCAACUUGACGCCAAAGAACGGCGCGAAGAAGAAGGACGUUGAAGUCGAUAUGAGCACGACGACGCCGUACGAUGAAUACUUCGUGCCGGUUAAUGAACAUAGGAAAUAUAUGAGAGGAGAAAAAUUAUACGUGACAGCUGAUAAACGUGGUGAAAAGGCUGGAUGUAAACGACCACUCUGCUGGACCUUGCUGGGACUCGUUGUGGCCGCCAUUGUUGCUCUUAUUGUGUUAGCAGCUACUGGAAUUCUGUUCUCGAAUUCUCCAACACCACUGGAACAAUAUAAUGCAUCAGUCAGCUCUGCCCGAGCGUUUGGCGGCAUUGGCAGCUCUAAUCACGACCACGCAAGUCAUGAUCACGCCCAUGACCACGACCACGACCAUAGCCACGAUCAUGACCAUGACCACGACCAUCACCACGAACAGACUACAAUGGUUAGCGAACCAGCAUCAGAAACACAGAGUGAUGAGGGACUAGAUAACAGUGUUGUUUCCGAAGAAUCGGAUAUUUCUAUGUAUGUACCGAGGACCGUAGAAGGUGAACUCAGAAUAGACAACGAAGAAUUCGUUCCCGCUUUACAAGAUCCAGAAAGUGAAGAAUACAAGGAAUUCACAGCAAUAUUCAAUGACGCAUUGAAAAAAGCUAUAUUCGAUAAAAAUAACUUGGAUAAUAGCGACAAUGAGAUUACACUUGAAGUAGUUGAGAUAAGGAAUGGAUCUGUGAUCGUAACCUACAGAAUACAUUGGUCGCCGAAAUAUAACGCUGAACCCACAGAAGACCUUAUUACAGCCAAUACACUUAGAACAAACCUUGAUUCUUACCUCGCAAGAAAUAACAGAAUGAUAAGCGUAUAUCACGUUGCUGAAGAAUCAAUUAAGGCUAGACCAGUACUAGACAUGUGCAAAGUAAACAAUUACGACUGUGAACACGGAUGUGAAUUCGAUGACACAACACUAGAAUUUACGUGCACAUGUCCACAUGGACAAAUGAUAGAUAUGCAUUCACCUAAAAAAUGUGUAAAUAUUUUGGAUUCUACACAAUCAAGAGGCUUUUCAGAUGAUAAACUGAAAAACCUUGGCCUCGACUCUGACUCUAGCACUAUGAAAUCCACUGUAGACGAAGAGAAACCAGUUACGGAAUCUGUUCAAGUUAUGGAUAACAAAUUUGACUGGAAAGAAACGAAUUCAUCUCCCACAACAACCACAACUGAGUCGGACGCUGAACUGAAUUUCUCCCAUAUAUUCGGCCAUCAAAGUGAACAGAACGAUUCAGAAGAAACGCCAAAGCCUGAACCAGAGCCUACUUCCGAACCCAAUGAUAAUUCCAAGCCAUCUGCAGAGAUUGAACCAGCCGCUGAACCUGAACCAACAGCAGAACCUGAACCUUCUGCUGAACCUGAACCAUCUGCAGAAGCCGAACCUGCAGCUGAACCAGAGCCCACAGCCGAGCCAAACUUGAGAGUAGAGCCAGCCGCUGAACCCAGUCCCGAUCAUGAACAUUAUCCAGAGCCUGAACCAACUACUCAAUCAAACCCACAACCUGAACCAAAUCCAGAACCGGAACCGGAACCGGAACCAACCUCUGAACCUGAACCUGCAUCAGAACCUAAUCCAGAACCUGAACCUACGUCAGAACCCAAUCCGGAACCUGAACCUAAUCCAGAACCCGAACCAAAUCCUGAACCUGAACCUGCUAGCGAACCAAGUUCAGAACCUGAACCUACUAAUGCAUCUAAAUCAGAAUCUGAAUCUGCUACUGAGCAGAACAUGGAAUACGAACCUAAAAUUGAAUCGGAAUCAAAUACGGAAACAGAAACAGAACGCGCUGUUGGAUCGUUUAUUGAACCAGAAAUUAAACAUAAUACAGAAACAGAAUCUGCCGCAGGAACUAAUUAUGAAGCGGAAAAUGGUGGAGAAGGUAAUAUGGAUGAAGAAUCACAACCUGAACCAACUACAGAAAUGAAUCAGGAGCCAUCAGCAAAUACAGAAUCUAAUCAUAUGUCAGAAUCUUCCAACUGGGAACCAAAUGCUCCAGCAGCCGCCACGACUGAAACCAUUCCAAAAUCAGAAAUAAAUAACGGUGGUAUGGAAUUAACUACGGAACAAACUGUACCUUUAGAUACAAUGUUUAACAAUCAAGACGAAGAAACUAAAGAGAACGACAUGCUAAAUAUAAGGCCAAUAGCAGAUCAAAACAAUGACAAUACUGAGCAAGAAAUGGCUGACAAAACUACAGCCAAUCCUGAAGAGAGCAUUGACAAAUCCCUACUAGUGAAGUCCAAUGAAAAUGACAAAAUGCCAGUUUUAAUGGAAACCACAACGACGCGAAUUUCCAUCUCAGAACCUAAUAUAAUAAAUGAACCGUCGUAUGAAGCAAAUCCUGAAAUAAUUACGUUGAUAAGAGGUAAUCAAGACCAUGUUACCGUUAAUAAUUUAAAUGAAGAAACAACGACGGAGAAUGAUUGGCUUCAAAACGAUAAUACAGAUUCAUCUUUUCAUUCAGAUAAUCCAACAGAACAACGGUCAUCAAAAAGUUUUGAUGAAAUUAUGAGUGAAUCAACAACAAAAAUAAAUAAACAAAAUGAUAUGGAUGAAAUAACUUUUGAUCUUAUACAUAAUAAAAAUCAAGAAACAGAAGCUACCACAAGUUUGGAUAAAAAUGAUGAACCGACGACAAUUACAUCAAUAAUUAAUGAUGCUCAAAAUCAAAAUGUUGAUUCACAACCCGCUUACACAAACGAUGAUGAAAUGGACAUGAAUAAGACUGUUAUAUCCAUAAACCAAAAUAGUUCAUACGAACCAGAACAGGCUCAAACUACAACAAUGAAAUCAAAUACUGAAAUAAACUACUCAAUAAAUUCUGAUUAUAAAAUGACAAACUAUGAUCAAAAUUUAAUGGAUGCCUUAGAAAAAACCAACAUGACAACUACUGAAAAAACAUUAGAAAGAAAUACAACGAAUGAAAAUAUGGACGUUACUUUUGAUACCAUAAGCUCAUUAUACAAUAGAACCUCAAAGUCAAUGGAAGAGUCGAUCAACAAUGAUAUAAAACCAACAACCUCUAAUGAAGUUAUGGGCGAAGUUACAGAAAAAUCUACGGAGUCUGACUGGUUAUCAGAGCCAGUUACAGAGGUUAACUAUGAAGAUGUUAUGAAAAAAUCGAAUAAUAGAGAAACUACCGAAGCAUCAAUGACAAAAGUUGAUGAAGUAAUAACUAAAGAACUAAACAAAGAUGAUUUUGAACCGGAUUAUUUGAACAACAUGGAAAGCAAUAACAGCAAAAUGUCUGAUCGAGAUGAACCUCUAUAUGGCAUUUUACAUGAUUAUGACAAUGAAGAUCCACGUGUGAAAAGAGUAAACUUCGAAAGGAAAUUUGACUCAACUCACAAUAUAACAGAAAUCGCUACAGAAAACGGCUUACCAAAAACCAAUCCCGUACCGCUUGAAACGACAACCAUUGGUGAAUAUAUUUACAGAACCGCCGGGAAAUCUGUAAGCGACGUUUCCUCAUCUGCAACCCCAAUGUAUAUAUCAUCGAAUGAUAUGGGAUCGCCUAUGAUGUCUGUUAACACGGAGCCGGUGAUGGACGAAACAAUGAACGAAACAAAUAGGGGUAUAAUAAUAAAGGAAAUACCAAACAAUGAACCAAUUACUUAUACAAAUAGUCCUAAUAACGAAAAUCUGGCAAUUACUACAUCACCAACAUCUAACCAAAAUGUUGAAAAUUCUUCACAAGUAAACAAUCUAAGUGUAACAAUAUACGAAGUUUCUAGUCAAAAUAAUAACCAAACAACUACAUCACCCAAGGCAAUACAUUCGCACUCAACGGAAUACGAAGACCAUGAAACGGAAAUGAAUCCCUUCCUUCCCGAAGUUGAGAACAAUAAAAUUCUCGUGAAAAAACUACAAGAGGGACAUGAUCUUGAACCAAGCACCUUAAACGAAACACAAAACGAAAACGGAGAUGAACAUGGUUCAAUCCACGUUGAUGGCAAAACAGACAAAGCUCAAGAAAUGACCAAUGCUCCUACAAUCUCUGAAACCACACAAACAAGUAUGCUGGCAUCUGAACAAACAUCAGAAAGAGACGUACCUGUAACAACAGAGGACGAUAUGUUAUUCAAUGAUUUACUUCUUAACCCAAGCAACCAUGAUGAUGAAUCAACGACAGCUAAAGUACAAGUAACCACUCCGGUUACCAAUAUAGAAACAACAACGAGAAACGAUUCAUAUGAAGUUUUGCCCAUUUCAACAUUUUUACUAGACACAGACGAUAUAGAUUUUACAAAAACAGUAAAGCCCGCGUUAUCGGAAAAUGGAUUAAAUAACGUAUCGCCAACGGAAUAUCUAAGUGUAGUGCCAAUUGAUGAUAAAGAAUCUAUAAAAAAAAAUUACAAAAGUGACAGUGAAGAGCUCAAUUCAAUAAGUGACUCCCCCAAAAAAAGUGAUAGAAGGACAUUAGAUGCAUCGAACGCCGAUCCUGUUAUAAACAAUGAAGCGUAGUCCUUACGUGAACUUAGAUGUAAUUAUUAUCAUGCAUAAGGUUGUACAUUGUAUUCUAUUUCCUGUGAUUUCUGUCGAACAAAUGCGUAAUCAGUUUCUGCAGCUCAUUCAAAUGUAAAUCGAAAAUCUUCUAUCGAUAAAGAUUUUUAUUUAAGUUCCAAAUAUUUCUGUAUACCUGCUAAUAACAAUAUUACUGAUAAGUAUCGUUAAGUACUUAUUAUAAAUAUAUUUUUCGUUAGACUAGUCAAAUUAGGGAGUCAUCACCAUCGUGUCUAUUUUAGAUUAUUUAUUGCUUCAAGUGAAGAUGCACCUUUGACUAAAAUACAUCAAUCAUUGUACUAUAUUUACCGAUGUUGAUUCAAACUUAUACAAUGACGUAAAUACCUGAAAUUGUUUAUUUGUUACCAUAGAUAAUUAUAUUGUGUUAAUAUUAUCAUAUUCCUUCUAUGGGCACUACUUAUAUUUAAGUUUAACUGUGGCAUCAAACUAUUGUGUUGAAAGCUCCUUUGCCAUGGAAUAUUGUGAUGUGAUAACUUCCGCAUACCUGUAGCUACAUUCCAUUCGUACAUAAAGUAUAUUAUAAUUUAACAUAGUGAUUUAUUGUGGAAGUGAGGUCUGAUUGUAAAAUAAUAAUAAUUAUUGUAGUUCUUGUUAACUGAGAUAUAUUUUGUAUAAUAUGGUUGAAACUGUAAAGAAAUAUGUUGUAAAUAAAUAUAAAGUUAAUAAUAUGGA